CCACGAAAGUAAAAGGCUGAGGUGGUGUUGUGUUGGGUUGUGGUGACCCUCAUUUUCAUGAGAAUGGUGGCUGAUUUUUUGCAAGAAAUUCCAAGCAUUCAGCCCUAAAAGCCAUCUCUCUCUUAGAGAAGGAAAAAGAAAAAGAAAAAAAAAAAAAAAAUCACUUCUGAGGAUUCUGAUCAUCAGUGCUCCUUCUCCCUCUCCAUUCCUCAACAAAGCAUAUGUUGAUUUGAUCAGAUGGUGGGGUUUUGAGGGUCUUUUGCUGACAGUUUUGGAGAGGGAGAUUGGAGUUAUUUGAUAGGUUUCUUUGGUUGAUGGGUGAAGCGAGCCAAACGUGGGAGAAGUGAGAAAGGUUAUCGAAAUCGGCGGGAGUUGUGCCUUUUUGAGAUUUGGGAAUUGGGUUUUGAUGAUCUCAAUCAUCUGCUGGUUGGUUUUUGGAUAAUUUGGUUUUCGGUGACUCCUCUUGUGUGCCCGUGCCGUUCUUUGGCAGAGUUUGGGGAUUCUGGCAUCUGGCUUUUCGCCCAUAUUAAGUGCUUCACUUUGUAAAAUCAACAGGGCUGGCAUUUGCCAUGAGGAGAACUUUUGUAGAAUUCAAGCAAUUGCCUUGAGUUAAAGGUUGGAUUUUGGGACGUAGGAACAGUUGGUAUUGAUCGGUGGUCGAGGAUGGAAGAUGAGACCAUGUCGGUUGGGGAGCAGAACGGUCAGCACUUAGUAGAUGAGAAUCCUUCAGAAGAUCUCUUGUGUUUGGAGAUGGAAACCGACGAGAAUGAAUUUGGAAAUUUGAAAGAAGAUGGGGAGGGUUUUGUGCCAGAGAAUGCUGAUGGGAGCAACAUGGGAUUCUCUAGGGAGGCUCCUCUCCUCAAGAAAGACCUGAGAACUGCUGGCAGUUGCAGUAGCUGUGGCGCCAAGAAGCUGAAAUCGAGGGCAACUGUGGCAGAACUCGAGCUCCAUAAAAAGGACAAGAGUGGGCACGACAGAAAGCUCAGUCGACAGGACCGGAUCGAGCUGGGUCGCAUGUUUCAGGGCGCAGCGAGCUCUCACGAUUGGGAGCUUGCAGAGAGUCUGAUUCUGUUGGCAGAUCCACAGACGCUCAACGACGCGUUGUGCAUCUCGUUGGACUCCAUUUGGUUUUUGAGCACACAGCAAGAACUGUACGGAAUCACUGGGCUGAUCAAGAAGAUCAUUUCUAAUGGCGCUUAUGACUUCACAAGGGCAGCUCUGAGGACAUCAUUUCUUGCUUCAUGCGUCUCUGCCUGUCAGAGCCGGACGAUGAGUUUAGCGGAUACGGUAACCGUCAUGGCUCAAAGCAGGUUGCAUGAGCGUCUCCAAGAAUGUAAUGGGGAUGAGGUUUUGAAAGCAGAAGCCGGUGCCAAGGUCCAAAAAUUCACAGAAUGGGCUUUGAAAUGCAUUGGGUUCCACUCCCGUUGCCAAGGAAAUAGGGACAGGGUAAGUCACAGCUCAUCCAUUGAGAUCCAGCUCCAGCUAUCUGCAUUCAAGAUGUUUUUGGAUCUUGCCGGCAAUCAGCUUACAGGGAAGGACUUCACGGAGGCCUUUGAUGCCGCAUGCUUUCCUCUAACUCUCUUCUCUAGCUCAUUCGAUCCUGGCUGGGCUUCUGGAAUUUCGGCGACUGCAAUUCAGGGCUUGUUGGGUAUGCUGGUAGAGGGGGGUGCGGACAAUGUCAACCAGUGCUUUCUGGAAGCUUCGCGUUUUGGGAGCACAGAGCUUGUACGCAUCUUGUUGCAGAUUGCUCAAAGGAACAGCUUGGACGUGGAUGUUGAUCUGGCUCUGGGCUUCGCCUCCCACUACUGCAAGAUUGGCACCAUGGAGUGUCUGGUUGAAGAGGGCAAUGCCAUUGCCUUCCUGGGUCCUCUAAUGAGAGCAGCAGAGAGGGGAUGCAUGCAGGUUGUCCGUUGGUUCGUCGAGCGGGGAUGUCGGGACAUGGAGCUGUGCCUGGCCCUCACUGCUGCCACCUCUAGCAGCCAGGUCGGGAUUGCCGCCUACCUCCUUCCGCACGUGCCCCAGCACGUCCUUGCCGCCCUCAGCAUCGAGAUCCUCAAAGCUGCCGGAGAAAGGAGCAGCGGGUCCCUUGACGGCGUCUCCUUCCUCCUCCGCUCCGACUUCCUAGGGGACCCUGCUGCCACCUACGCCGUCGCUGACAGCAUUGCAAGGUCAGACGACGAGGCUGUAGCACCUGAGCUGAGAGCAUUCCUGCGUGAACACUGGUCAGUUGCAGCAUUCAUGGACGGCUUGAACUGCGGUCAGGACCACUAUGUGAAUGUGAUGAGGAUCCUGAAGCAGGGCAGAUCACCCAUCUGCGUCAGGGACCUGCCGGCACCCUUGCGGGCUGCCAUCGCAUACUUGCCACUCUACAGGGAGUGCGUGGAGGCGGGUGGCUGCUUGCCAUCUCAGCGGCUUAGAGGCCAGCUCUUGGAUGCGGCGAGGAGGCUUGGGAAUGGGCCCAUCGACGAGGCAGCUCAGGGAAGAGAGCUGCUGGCAGUUUUGGAGCACCACCUUCCACAAGCUUUUGUGAAUGCGCCGCCGCUGAAUGACGCGUAAGAGCAUUAAAAUCUCGGAAAUUUUCAUUUUCGUAAAAUCAUAUAAGAUAUUGAUAGAGGGGGAGAGAGAUUUUAAGGUGACUGAUUAUCAAGUGAUUUAAUUCUUCCUAAAUAUGAGUGAUAAUACUAAUCAAAUGAUUAUUAAAAGAGUUUUUAGUAUGUUCUGUUCCUCUGUGUUAUUUAUGUAUGUGGGGCAGAAAUGUGAGGGUAUUUUGGGCAUUGUAAAGAUAAACAUGAGGACAUUUUGGUAAUUUUCAAUUGAUAUGGUGACUCAGCUGUA